AUGAUGUGCUUGGAUGUGACAGUGAUGAGGUCAGAUGAGUUCUUUGUGCAGAUUAUGCUGCUGACUGAUCCAGAAGUUGAGAGCAGCUUAUUAAUCAGUUCUGAUGAAGGGGCCACUUAUCAAAAAUACCGUCUGAAUUUCUACAUCCACAGUCUGCUCUUCCACCCCAAGCAGGAAGACUGGAUCUUAGCAUACAGCCAAGAUCAGAAGUUAUUCAGUUCAGUGGAGUUUGGCAGAAGAUGGCUGCUUCUUCAUGAGGGAGUUGCACCAAACAGGUUCUACUGGUCCAUGAUGGGGUCUGGUAGAGACCCUGAUCUCGUGCACCUGGAGGCAAAGACAGUGGAUGGUCAUGCCCAAUACAUCACCUGCAAGAUGCAGAACUGCAGUGAAGCCGCUCGCAGCAAACCCUUUCCAGGCUAUAUUGACCAUAACUCCCUGAUCGUCCAGGAUGAUUAUGUCUUUGUUCAGUUAACAUCAGGAGGAAGACCACAUUAUUACGUUUCUUACAGGAGGAAUGCAUUUACUCAGAUGAAGCUGCCAAAAUACUCUUUGCCCAAGGACAUGCAUGUUAUCAGCACAGAUGAGAAUCAGGUGUUUGCAGCAGUGCAAGAGUGGAACCAGAAUGACACGUACAAUCUGUAUAUCUCCGACACCCGAGGGGUGUACUUCACCCUGGCCUUGGAAAAUGUCAAGAGUAGUCAAGGGCUGGAGGGGAAUGUGAUGAUUGACCUCUAUGAGGUAGCAGGGAUAAAAGGAAUGUUCUUGGCUAACAAGAAGAUUGACAACCAAGUGAAAACUUUCAUCACCUACAAUAAAGGAAGAGACUGGAGUUUGUUGAAGGCCCCGGACACUGACCUGAGAGGAAACCCUGUCCACUGUCUCCUACCCUAUUGCUCCCUUCAUCUUCACCUGAAGGUCUCAGAGAAUCCCUAUACCUCAGGAAACAUCGCCAGCCGAGACACUGCCCCCAGUAUUAUCGUAGCUUCAGGUAAUAUAGGCACUGAACUAUCAGACAAUGACAUCAGCAUGUUUGUUUCUUCUGAUGCUGGAAACAGUUGGAGACAGAUCUUUGAGGAAGAGCACAGUGUUCUGUACCUAGAUCAAGGUGGAGUGCUGGUUGCCAUGAAACACACAUCUCUGCCUAUCAGACAUCUCUGGUUAAGUUUUGAUGAAGGGAGAUCUUGGACUAAGUACAGUUUCACAUCCCUCCCACUGUUUGUAGAUGGAGUAUUAGGGGAACCUGGAGAGGAAACUCUCAUCAUGACCGUGUUUGGACAUUUCAGCCACCGCUCAGAGUGGCAGCUGGUGAAAGUAGACUACAAGUCCAUUUUUGACCGGAGAUGUGCAGAAGAGGACUACAGGCCUUGGCAACUCCACAGACAGGGAGAAGCUUGCAUCAUGGGAGCAAAAAGGAUCUACAGGAAGCGCAAGUCAGAGAAGAAAUGCAUGCAAGGAAAAUUUGCAGGGGCUAUGACCUCGGAGCCAUGCGUGUGCACAGAGGCAGACUUUGACUG